UGCCACAUGCACGGGAUAUCUUUUCCCAUCACUUCCACAACCACGCCCCUCUCGUGCCUGUCCCACCAGAAGCAGGCCACCUAGAUUGUUUUGAUGACAUGGCGUGCAUAAAGUCGUCGAGGCUGGCGGCAGGCUCAUCCAAGCGACGGCCGUACCUGGCACUGGCACAUGGCAACGAGGCCCAUCACGCCGUCAGUGCAUGGUCAACGUUUUUAUCCAUCUGCAUAUGCGCACGUUCCCGGUUCCAUCACCGAGGCCAGAAUUACCCAGAAACUUUCCAGAACAAGCUGACCACGUUAGCCGAGCUCACAACGUGUCCGUUACCCCUGCUUACUGUGGGCCCGGGCCAUUGUGGAUCCACCGCGAACCGUAUCUAGCUUCCCCGAGAGCUGGCCCCAGUGUGUUUGUUGGGUGCUGGAGCGGGUCGUUACGAGCCUGCGCCUUUAAGAGGAGAGACGUCCCGUCGUCAAAUCCUCCCCCCAGAGACCACCCACACGCCGCUGAGAAGAGAGGACAAGCACAGCCCGACCGCCCAGCCAUGGAUGUAUACAGAAAAUCCAGUGCCAGCACAAUGAAUAGCACAUCCGAAAACACGGGCAUACGGAAAACAUUGAGGCGAUGGAAGGAUCGAUGGCGACUCUCUUCCUACAGCUCCAAAAGCUCGCUUCGUAGUGUAUCGUCAUCAUCACGACCGCCCAGCAACAACUCCUCAGCUGCCCCGGCGCCCACAUCGCACCCUUCUCGCCUAUCCCCCGUUCCCGCGUCGCCGCUCCCUCUCACAGACGCUCUCUUCACACCCACCACCCAGACUUACAUUCAUUCGCCAGCCGAUCCGCGUUCCCGAUCCCGCACUGGCUCGACCAGUAGCCCGGCAGCCACCUUGAGAAAAUCGCCGCCAUUGUCAAGAAGAAAUACCACUCCCACAGAACACCUGCAUGGCCUUGUUCCAUCACACCGGUCUCCCUCUCCAGGAGGCGAUAGCCUGCCCAUGAACACAGUCACAACCACAAUAGUAGCUGGGAAUGACUCGUUGCAUAAAAAACGGUCGUCGAGAUUCAGGCUUUCCAUCUCAAAGAGCCGCUCUGGUCCCUCUCCUGCUCUAAAUAGCCCAUCAUCUGCCAGCUUCUUCGAUAGGAGUAGCAGCCGUGCGACGGGACGAUUCGAUGCAGUAGAAGAGACGGUCGGACUUGGGUCGAGGAAGAGAGCAGAUACCAAGGUCAGCGAACAAGACAGACUACUCGAGGAAACAGGGAGACCCGCGCAAGAAGCAGAGACGCCGAAAGCAGAAACGACCGACGAGACACAAAAGCAGGAGAAGCAGCAGGCAAGCGAAACGGUGGAGGUGGAAACGCCAGAAAAGCCGGCAACGCCAGCGCAGGCCCACGUCGAGAAGCCAGAGACGGUCGAAACUCCCAACAGCAACAGUGAAGGCCCAGACACGAAACCAAACUCGGAGGUGGAGAGCGCCUCAUCCCCCGAUGUGAAAAGAGCCGGAGCUUCCAACACGAUCCGCGUGGUGGAAGUCGGGGCUUGA